AUGACGUCCAUUCAUGCGCCGGUGCCGACGGACUUGAAAAGUGCAGCAGCGGAGGCAAAGACCAAGGGAGAAGAUGCCGGAACGACGAUCCCAGAGCAAGAAGAGCCUCGCUUGUUGCGUUCAAGGAAGGGCACUAGAGUUCAAUCUGUGACGAUGAAGAAGAAGACUACUCGGAAGAAUGGAGAGCGGGCAUCAUCGCGAUCACAGCGUCAAUCCAAUAGUCCGGGACCGGAGACCCCUGCCGAAGAGCAACAAUCAGAGAUCCACCGUGAAGCCGAUUCAACAAUCUCAGACGACGAGUCUGAAAACCUCUCCAAUGCUAGCAAAGAGAACGAUCCAGCACUAUCACCGUCCCCGGUCAAAUUUGCUCCACCGAGCCCCAGGAAAAACGCCCUAGGCAAACGUCCCCUAUCUGUCCUAACGCUGCCUCUAGAUACCGACCCCUUCGCAAUGGAUCCAGACGACAGUGACCUGGAAGGCAUGACGGCAUCUGAGAAAAACAUCGCAGCAAAUAAUUAUGGUGGCAGCCCAGAACGCGAUCCUUUUCCGCAGAGAAAGUCGCCGAAGUUGUCCGUCCGUAGUAAAGGGGUCAAUUCGUCCGGACGCAUACGGGAAGAAGUCAAGAUAUUCGAAGACGCUUCAGAACCGCUUGACUUUGACCGCUGUCAUAGCGGGGACGGCAAAGAGAACCAUGGCUCCCUGGCCGGCCCGAAAGGGCUUGGUGUUGCUUCCAGACAAGCGCUUCCCACUUGCCCUCCGACUUCACUCGCCCCGUCCUCCACAUCUGCCCCGUCCAGUUCGAAAACCUCCAAGGCAGUCUCUGGUACGCGAAAAGUAUCGGGCUCCAAUAUGAAAAAAGCGAAACCACGUAUAGGUAUUCGCAGGCUAUAA